AUGCCCUUUACCUUCUCGCCGGCUUCUUUCUCUUUCCUAAAAAGUUCAACGACCUCUCAGUCUAUUACUUCAUUUCGUAUAGAACAACAAAAUAAUAAUGUAGAUAAUGUAAAUAAAAAUCUUAAUCGUAACGGCACACACAACGAUAAUGUAGAUAAUGACAAUAAUUCAACGAGCUUUUCUUCAUUGGAUAAUAAUGUUAAAGCUAUUCCAUUGGAAAGAAGAGUUCGUUCUUUGGAGGGUUCUACCCUACUUAAAAGUAAUCGUCGUAUUAGUAAUGCUAGUAAUCUCACCUCAAAGAAUUUUAUUAGAAAACCUUCUUGGUAUAAAUCAAUAUUCGCUCGUAUACAUAACUCUAUGUUACGAUGGAAUGAUGAUGAUGAUAAUAGAAUCAUUGACCCUGAUAAGGUUGGCGGUGAAAAUAAGGAUUCGACCCACGUUACCAACAACAGCGGUGGUGAUCUCAACGUUACCGCUGAGGAUGACAAGGAUCAUAACAUCAACGAUGGAGCAGAGUAUAAAAUUGGUGGAAAGAAGCAUCGUGAUUUUUAUGAUAUGACCUUAUUAAAUCAAUCUCAAAAUCCCAACCCAUCCCCAUCUAAUGUCCUUUCAUCAACAUCCUCUGCCACCAAUUCUGAUGAGGGGGUAGAUUCAAAAAGACUCUCUACUUCAGUGUUUGAAAAAUAUGCUCAAACUCCUCGUCAUUUCACAAAAGAAACUGAAGUAUUAGGUAAAGUUGGUAGAUUUACUAUUGUGAGAGAGCGAGAAGAUUUUGACACCACUUACUUUGAUCAAUGUCAUUGUCAACAAAAACCUUGUCGUUUCUCUUUAAAUGGUGGUACUCAUCCUAUAUUAGAACCCGAAUUGCUACCCCAAUUUCAAUUUCAUGAUGCUUCUUCUCACCCGAUAUCCAUUCCGAUGCGUCAUAACUCACUGAAGGGUGUUGGCGUUAAUAAUCCUUUACGUUCGUCUACUUAUUUAACACACCAAGAUGCACAGCAGUUCGCAGCGAUCGCUCAGCAACAGAUGCAAAUUCAAAUUAACUCGAAUAAUCGUAAUUCCUGCCCUUCAAUCUCAUCAUCAAGAUCUCCUCGUUAUUUCUAUUGUCAACCUACACCUUCUUCCACCUCAUCAAGGCGUUCCUUACCUUCGAUGCAAAAAAACAAUGGUGUCAUUAAUAUCAAUAACAAUAUUAAUGGUGCUUGGCCAGUGCCUAUGCCUAUUAUCGUUUCUAAAGUCGCAUCUGCCGCCGCCGCCUCUCCUUCCGUUUCUUGUCGUGGUGUCUUACCUCAAUCCGCCUCUUCUCCAAAUCUGGUACAUUUACAUCAACGUUCCAAGGGUGAAAAUGUGUGUUACAAUAAGUCUACUUCAAGAAUAAACAGUCGCAAUGCGAACAUUAUUAUUGGCGGUAAACAAUCGAAUCUUCCAAGUCACCAUGGAUCUUAUUAUUAUCCACAUUGUUCUUCUCCUGUCAAUAGUAAUGCACCAUCAUUAAUGAUAAAAACAAAAAAAUCUUCGUUGGUAAAUAUGAAAGCGACCCAAGAACGUAGAUUAUCAAUUCCUCCUUCAUCAUCUCCAACAACUUCAGCAGUUCCCUCGUCAACACCUACAACUCCAUCGAAGCUCUCUUCUUCGCAGAACACUUCGAAUGAACCUCAUACUACAAUAAACUCUCAUAGUGGAAGAAAAUUUGAGGUUGAAUGGACAACAAAAACGAGCUCUUCUACAAGUUCGACAUCCUCGACAUCAUCGGAAACCGCCUCUUCUCCUUCUUCUACCAUAAGUAGUUUAUUUAGUAUGGCUUCAAGUCCUGGUACGAGUGUGAAUUCUGUUAAUAGUACUUUAAGUAGACAAUGUAGUACUUUAAGCAGUAAAUGUGGUAGAAAAUUUGAAGUCACCGUUCUCUCUAGUAAUGGUCUUUGCAAUACCUCUCCACAUAGUACCAUGAAUUCUAAAGUAGAUUCGACGAAGUGUUAA